AUGUCAGUCAUAAUUGAAACUUCAGUCGGGGACAUUACGGUAGAUUUGUACACAGAUGAGAGACCAAGAUGCUGCAUGAACUUUUUGAAACUGUGCAAGGUGAAAUACUACAACUUUUCACUGUUUCAUACUGUUCAGCAAAAUCUGGUGGCACAGACUGGUGAUCCAACCGCUACUGGAAGGGGUGGUGAAUCCAUUUUUGG